AUGAUGGAGGAGGAGGACCAAGGGCCGGUGCAGGAUGAGGAGGAGGAGGAGGAAGAAGAAGAGGACUCAGAGGAGGACGAGGACGAUGAUGACGACGAGGGGGAUGAAGAAGGGCAUCGACGAACCCCUAAAUCCACUCGAGGCCAACCUUCAACCCCUACAAAAAGGAAUCGCAGAAGGGCCCCCAAGACCGCCGAGGAAACGACGCACCUCAACGCCCCUUCGUUCGUCACCUCGUCCUCGGGGGACGCCUACCUGCUCGCCUCUUCGAUGACCUCCAGAACCUCGGACAACCUCCUCUCGGCCCACUUUGACGAACCCUUCACGCACGACUCGUACCUGUCGGUACUGCACGCUUCGGGCACCGCCCCUGCCAUGGACGCGUACCAUGCCUCGUUGCAAGCGACGCUUGACAAGCUGUCGCUGCGGUGCUUCGCUACCUGGGUCUGGUACAUGAAGCAAGGCUUCAACUACUUGGUCCACGGCGUCGGCAGCAAGAUACCACUCCUGAACCGGUUCGCCGAAGAGGUGUCGACGAGGUGUGGUCCCGUCGUCGUCGUCAAUGGCUACGAUCCCUCGACAACUUUGCAGGACGUUCUGACCGCUUUGGAGGAGAUCGUGAAAGAGGCGAUCCGGCAAGACUUGCUCGAGGCGAUCCCUAAGACGCGGUCGGGUCACAAGCCCUCGGCCAAGUCCCUCUCUCCGACCAAAGGGAAGGGCAAAGCCAACGCCAUGACAAACGAUUCGAGCGAUACGACCUUCGUCAUCUCAGGUUCGACCUCGGCGAUCGAAGCCCGGGCCCAGCGUUUCGUGCAUUCGCUUGCUUCGGCACCCUCCGCUUUGCCCGACAUCUACCUCGUUGUCCACAGCCUCGACGCACCUAGCCUUCGAGCUUCAAAAUCUCUGUCCAUCCUCGCUCUGCUCGCUUCCCAGCCCCGCCUCCACUUCGUCGCCUCCGUCGACCACGUCCGAAGUGGUCUCCUCUUCCCCACCGCAUUGGCAGCGACUCGACCACCGCCAAACCUCAAACGGCAUCAAGCGAACCUCGACAUACGCUCCUUUACUUUUCUCUACCAACAGGCCUCGACUCGACAACCUUAUACGACCGAAGUCCUGCACAACGGUACCCUGUCCCGUCUCUUCCCUUCGACGAUUUUUCCUCCUCUAAGUUCGACCCUGGACCCUUCCACAUCGUCGCUCGUGCAGUCGACGCGCCACGUCUUGGCUUCGGUCACAGAUCGAGCCAAGAGUAUCUUCAACCUCUUGGCGUGUCAACAGUUGGAGCUAAUGAGGGCUAGGAAAGGGGAGGAUAAAGUCGGCGUUGCGGGAGGAGGCGGAGGUGGGGGUGGGGGCCGAGCACCGGGUUGCGCGAUCCUGUUGGACAAGUGCGCGGGCCUCUGAUUCGGAGAUACCUUUCACGGAUCCCACUGACUCCUAUUCUUUGCCCGCUUUUAGAUUCAAAGAACUCGCGACGGAUCGCCUCUUAGCGGCGCACAACGACCAAGUCGAUGGACUCUUGGCUGAAUUCAGGGACCACAACGUCGUGCGAGGCUCGAUGAACAGGCCCAAGCGGGUUGUGGAAGAAGGUGAGGACGAUCAGGAGGAUGAGGAGGAGGAGGAUGGGGACGAAGGGGAAUGGGUGUGGAUCGCGCUAGGGAGGGAGGCUUUGGAGAACGUUUGGGAGGAAUUAGGGAUGGAGUGA